AUGCCGGCACCUGCGUGGGUGAAGACCUUGCAAGCAACCAGCAGCUUCAUAGGAAAUUUGAAAGGUUUGCAGACCGUGUCGAAAGUUGAAGCUCAGCAGGUGGAUAAAUUGCGUGGCCAACUGGAGGGCAGAGACAAGUGGUCAGCUGAAGACUGCAGCAUGGCUGCAGAGGAAAUCCAUCGGACAGUAUUGCAAGAAUCUUCAAAGCAGCUGCUUCUCGAAGGCAUCGCUCAAAAGCUUAGUCGGGGUCAGGGCUGUGUUCAAUCGCAGAAGAACCGCCAGAAGCUCCAAGACUACGUGAACAUCGUUUAUUUCUUGAAGAGUUCUUUCUUGAAAAAGAUAGUGGAGCUUGAAUCACUGUCCCAAAGGCUCGAUGCUGUCAUGGAAUUUGCUGUGCAGCUAGGUAUGAAGUCGCCUACAGAAGCCACACUGGGUUGUUUGACUUGUAUUGCCUACUGGCCUGAGUGGAGGAGUUGCGCUCCCAGCAUGGUAGACCGAAGUUCCGCCCAUCAGGAAUGGAAAUUGUAUCUUCGCCGUGCAUUGCAGUACAACCUCAAGGUUAUUGUCUUGUCCCCGGAUGUGAUCUUGGAAAGCUUGCCGCAAACUGUAGAGGA